CUUGGGCUGGGCCGGUUGGUUGUCCUGGAACAAUUCCAACGCCCCUGAAAGAAUCUUGCCGUAUAUUCUUAUUUUGUCUUUGAGCUUGAGCGCGUCAUCAGGGGCAACGCGGCGGAAUAGGGAUCAUGUCUCAAGAAAGUUUGACGCCCCAGGAAUAAAAGAAACCUGAACCCAAAAAAGUUCAAGUAAUAAAAAGCCAGAGGAAGCCCGACAACAAGACGGUUCAACAGCCACCCCAACCAACACUAGGUAGUCGCCGCCAUCACUAACAGCCACCAUCCCACGGCCAGGCUCGCCGCCGUGAUCUCACUUCUUUUCCUUGCGUCGCGACGUUCAAGAUGGCGUCGCCUGGAGAACCCGUCCUCUGGAGUUUGUAUGUCUACGCCCCGAACCAAGGAGCGCCCAUUUUCUUCGCCAUCGCAUAUGGCAUCUCGGCCGUCUUCCACAUGUGGCAGUGCGUCCGCUACAAGGCAUGGAAGCUGAUGUGGCUGCAUUCGCUCUGCGCGGUGUUGUUCACCGUCGGCUACGCACUGCGAGAAUGGGGAUCCUUCAACUACCUGUUCAGCCGCACCGACAACACGCCCUUGAUCAUGUUUAUUCUCAGCCAAGUUUUUAUCUACGUCUGCCCGCCCCUUCUCGAACUCUCCAACUACCACGUCCUCGGUCGCGUAUUCUACUACGUCCCCUACUGCGCUCCUCUCCCGCCCAACCGCGUCCUAGCAACAUUUGGUGGGCUCAUGGCCGUCGUGGAAGCGCUCAACGCGGUGGGGGUUUCGCUCGUCGCGAACCCGUCUAGCGACUCGCAGUCCCUCGGCAAAGACCUGACCAUUGCAGCCGUCGCCAUCCAGGUGAUCGUCAUCGUGAUCUUCGUGGUCAUGGCCGGCAUGUUUCACUACCGCUUCACCCGCGCACGGCUGAACUCCAAAGCCGUCAAGACCACCCUGUUCGUCUUGUACGCGAGUAUGGCGCUCAUCUUUGCGCGCUGCGUCUUCCGCCUGGUCGAGCACACGGGAAACACAAAGAUGGAUCUGGAUGAUAUCGAGGUUUUGAGGAGACUCACCCCGCUGAUGCGGUUCGAGACGUACUUUUACGUCUUCGAGGCGAGCCUGAUGCUGCUCAAUUCCUGGCUGUGGAAUCUCUGGCACCCCGGACGCUUCCUGCCGCGGGAUCUUCACAUCUACCUAGCCGAGGAUGGGACCGUGGUGACAGGUGACAAGUACGAAGAUUCGAGGCCGCUGCUGGCCAAGACGGCCCACGUCCUGACUUUUGGCAUUCUAUUUCGCGACAAAACCAAGGGCGCGCAUGGCAUGCAGGAGCUGGACGACCGCCAUUCUCCCGCCUGAGUGGCUUCGGGGUGGUUAAUGGGUACUGGGUGUUACAGAGAUUGUGAUGGUUUGUGGGACUUGGAGUGGUUUGAGGAGCGGGAAUGUGUGAGACAAGGGGACGAGAGCGCGGCGGGAGUGGAGGGCUUUUCGACUAUGUAUCUAUCGGUAAGGUAAAUUGAUACCAUAUUUGUACCUAUCCAGUCGUGCCGAGAACAGGCACAUAGAAAGCCGCUACCAGUAAUCAUUAAUACCGCUUUUUCUUUCUUUCUUGAGU